CACUGAUUGGCAUUGAUAGGUGGCACUGACUGGCACCGAUGGUUGACACUGAAAGGCUCAGAUGGGCACUGAUAGGUGGCAUUGAUGUGCACUGGUAGGCACUGAUAUGUGGCAUUGAUGUGGCACUGAUGAGCACUGACACAAGGCACUGAUGGACACUGACAGGUGGCACUGCUGGGGCUACACUGAUCAUCAGGGCACACUGAUCAUCAGUGCCCUUAGGAUCACUGUCAGUGUGACAGCUCGAGAGGAGAGAAAUGCCGAUAACCGGCAUUUCCGUGUUUACAUGUGAUCAGCUGUGAUGG